AUGAGAAGUUUUUUCCGCCCCAACUUCAGAAACGUCCGGGGCCGCGGUGGACCACCCAUGAUUAGAGGUGCUGGUAUGAUGAGGCCCAUGGCACCACCCUUCAAACCAGGACCCAUGUUCCGGGCAUUUGUUCCUCACGUCCCAUUCGAUUUGGCUCAAUGUGAGAGUGCAUUCCCCCGAGCAAAGCCAGCAUCUGAUGACAAAGCCUUCACUGAAGCUUUACUCAAGAGGAAUCAGGAUCUGACACCCUCCACCACAGAACAAGCUGCUGUACUUGCUCUGGUUACUAAGAUACAGACUGUACUUGAUAAUCUCAUCGUAACUGCUUCUUUUGAGCCUGCACAAAUUGAAGAAGUCCGUCAAGUAGGAUCUCACAAGAAGGGAACAAUGAUGGCUGGACAUAAUGUAGCUGAUGUGGUUAUUAUUCUAAAAACACUUCCUACAAAAGAGGCAGUAGCUGCUCUAGGGAACAAAGUUGCUGAAGAUCUUCGUGCUGCUGAUCCUCAUGAAGUUCUAAGUAUGCUUACCAAUGACUCGGGCUUUGAAAUUAGUUAUUCUGAAGUCUCCGUGAAAUGUUUAAUUACCACUAUUCCACCAAAUCUCAAGAAACUGGACCCAGAACUGCAUCGUAAGUAA